CGCAGUGCUUUGAGAAAUUUAAAAGUACAAUCUCAAUCUGCAACUUUGAUGUUUUUAAAUUUAGCUAAAGUUUUUUACGUGCAACGAACAACAGAAUGGAUUGUCAACAAAAAGUGCCCCCCGAUUCGAGUAUGUCGAGCAAAAACACAACAUUGAAUCCAUUUGAAGCAGACAGUGUGGACAGCCUUCAUCUGACGCAGUUUAGUCCAUCUGUGUUUUCUAAAAGUGUGUUGACCCCUUCCAGUUCACAGAGUAAAGGUAAAUUCCGUUGGUCAAUAGAUCAUCUUGCAGUCCUUCAUCCAGCGGACAUUGAUGAGUAUCCAGUACAACAAGAGAGUACGUUCGAUAGCGACACUGAAGAAAGAGCUCAGCAAGCUAUAGAUCAGUUUUUCUCACAGCAACAUAUUGUGCCAUCACCGUGGUCGGUCAAGAAACCAUUGAAGCAUGUGACUUUUUCCCCCAAUCCACCAACAAUAUCAGAAGACAGUGUUGAGUGCAGUCCUCAAGUUAAUAUGAGUACAAGACAACAGGAUAGAGUUGAAGUGUCUUGUCAGACCACCGUGUCAUUGCCGAUGGAUUUUGAUCUUCUAGCUGUUCUCGGAGACAGAUUUAACCAAGAAGACAAGGAAGCGGAUGAGUGUAAUGAGCUUAGUACUUCUACCCUACGUCGUAAGCUGUUUAGUAUCGGAGAAUCCAGCCCAACUGUAACUGCAGCUAGAGGAGGGCUCAAUGAUGAACACUCUCCAGAAACAAUACCAGAUAUCCCAUCACCACAGGUUUCUCCCAUUAGACAAGUAGAUGACUCUACAUUAUCAAGUUCAGAUAUUAGUCUUGUCAAUACUCCAGAAUCAGUGCAAAGUCAGUUUUCAUCGAGUCCUAUCUCUAGUAAGAUGACGCCUGGACGUUGGACACCUUGUCGUCAAGGCUCUACAUCCACUGGUCUCAUGUGCUCUCCAGCUUUCUCUCCCAUCUCAGGCAGUGUAUACUCACCAGCAACAGAUUCUCCCCAGCUAGUAUUGAACUCUUCCAACACAAGUGGAGCGCCCUCUAGUGGUUUAUUACUACCAGAAGCCUCACCCAUCUUUGCAAAUCCUCAAUCCAAGUCCAGCGAGAUGCUUCUAGCGCCCUCGAGUGAAGAGAUAAUGGCAAUGUCAUUCUGCGCAAGUGAUGUCGAGUUUGAGAAAAACCCUACAUCUGUGGCAGACAAAAUUGAUGAUGUACCCAUGACUGACUUCCUUCAAGCGAGUGAUUUAUUGACAGUAAGAGACCCAACUGAUCUUAGUGAUUCCAAUGAUCACAGUGAUUCCAUCGAUUCUGAAUCAUCCAGCCCAGACGCAGCUUCCUCUUCCAUGUGUAGUAUGGAGCAGUCGUAUGUAUUCAACCCCAGCAAGUGUUCUGAUGAUUUAACCUGUAGUGGUACUCAACCAUCGGAGGACCAUCUGUUCCUUGACGAUGACCAGGAGAUGCUCAACCCAGUUGGCAGUAGCAUGUACAGUUCCGACGAUAUCCCAUCAUUUCAAGUUGAUGAGAGCAUGCGGCACCAGUUAUUCACAUCCCGAAAGCAACUCACUUCCACCUUAAAACUGGUACCCAGUAAUACUUCAUCGGUACUCAGCGCUAUUCCUACAACAUCAAAAUCCCACCUUGGCUUAGAUGGUACCCACCUCGACUUAGAUGGUUCCAGCCCAGAACCUGAUGGAAAGUUUAUACAUCAAAAGUCUGUUACACUUGGAGGGUUCCCGGCAGCAAGUCCAAGGUCAAAGGUCAUCCAGCGAGAGGUCACACCAAUGCAGGCAGAUAGUGGGUUCAAUACACAGAGUUUUACAUCAAUGGAAGUAACUGAUAGUGAUGUCAUUGAUAUUAUGCAAACUAAUGAAUAUUCAGUAGAUGGUUAUCCAAUGAAUGAUAAGGAGACCAUUAGGUCAAAUAUUAUGAGAUAAAGAAACUUGACCUCUGUUUAUUUUUGUAGACUCCUUCAAAGGCCUUAUCCCGGGCCUCAAAAUAACCCACGGCCACGAAACCCACAGCUAUUGCAGUGGUGCUUUGUGCUUUUGCUGUGAUGUCCUUUGCAAAGUUCCAAAACAAUUUAAACAUUUUCCUCAUUCAAAAUAGUUUUGGCUCUUCUUCAAAACCACAUUCUGUAAAUGGAAUUGGUGCCCAAAAUAUUAAUUAUACAUGUUACACAUUAUCAACAGCUGCAGUGCUUUUACCCAAUUUUGGAGAAGUAACCAAAUGUAUUCAUUCCCUUUAAAUCAUGGUUUCAUCUAAAAGAACCAGUUUUGAUUCCCAUAGUAAGGGGUCUAUUUUAGAGGAAUUAAAGAGAAACAAAUUAGGCAAUGAGGAGUUAUAGAGAGGGUUUUGUUUACUACAAUGAUAUAAACAUCUACAUCAAAAAGUAUCUUUAAACUUGUUUUGAUUCUACAAGACUUGGUUCGAUACGUCACUAUCAAUGUUUGUGGUAUAUCUUGAAAUAUUUACUCUCAAAUGAUGUAUUGUCUGAUAGAGGGCGUUCUUUUAGAAGUUUAAAUUCCAAUGUUGCAGCUGAAAUAACCCAUUGUGGGUAUGAGGUUGUAAAGGGGAUUGUACCCACAGCUGUUAUGUGAUAGAUGCUCAGUCCCCUGGCACCCAGACUUAAAUCAACAUGAUGGUUUGGAGAGAUCAUCAAUCUUUGGUUCAAUCUUAUUAUCUCUUCUUUGUUUUAACUUUUUGGUGUUCUGUGAAAAAAAAACACAGGCAAAUAACUCGGGUGGGAUUCAACCC